UGUAUUCCCUGAACGGGGCAGUGAAGAGGAGAGAGCAGGCACUCCAGGAGUACAAACGCCUCCAAAAUAAGGUGGAGAAACAGGAGGAGAAGGAGAAGACUGGCGCCAACCUGGCCAAGCUGCACCAGGCCCGUGAGGAGCUGCGCCCGGUGAAGGAGGACUUUGAAGCCAAAAACAAGCAGCUCCUGGAGGAAAUGCCCAAGUUCUACAGCAGCCGCAUCGACUACUUCAAACCCAGCUUUGAGUCCCUGGUCCGGGCACAGGUGAGGCACUGGCUCUGCCCCACUUUG